AAAAAAAAUUGCCCGCCAAGUUAACCCUAAAUUCGCACCGCCGUGUAGAUGAACACGUUCAGACUCGGAACCUUGAUCCGACGCACUGCUUCCCAGAUUUCUUCAAAUCAAUUCCUUCGAUUCUCCGGAUCCUUUGCGUCAAUUUCUAAAUCUCGUUUCUUUUCCAAUGAAGCUGACGGCGAAAGUGCGGUUUAUCACCACGCGCGUUUGUUCAGGAAACCACUAUCAAUCGGUUUCACAUCCAAUCUUUCCAACUCCGUGAGCCUUAUGGGUUUCGUUAAUCGACCCAUUCGAGUCAUCGACACUGUUGAACCCGAUAGGUUCGGUGUUUCCACUUUGCUUAGAGUGAAAGACCCGCGUGAUCAGAAUCGGAGCUUUAGUAUACCUCUUAGCAUGUGGGAUGCGAUGGCAAGGAAGUGCAUUGCGCAUCUGAAGCCAAAUGAUUUCAUACAUGUCUCGGGCCGCCUUGUUUCUUUCGGCAAUGAAAAUAGCAGCUUAGGUUUAAAAUACCAGGUUAAAGUGACAGAGGUGAAUUAUGUGAUGGCUCCACCAAGUCAUGUCUUAGUUUCUCAGACACCCCAAAAGCCAAAAUCAGAAACAGUGGCGAGAGAAUAUGGUAUAGAAGAAUCCAAGAAUGGUAAGAUUCACUUGUGGGAAGCCUUCUUUGCGAACCCAGACGAGUGGUCGGACAACAGGAGAAAUAAGAAGAACCCGAAGCAGCCUGACUUCAUGCGUAAAGGUACAAGGGAAGCUCUCUGGCUUGACUCAGAUAUACCGGUUUGGAUCACUAGACAACUUGAAUUGUUUGACCAGAGAAGACCAGAUGGUAUAGAAGAAUCCAAGAACGAUGAGAUUCACUUGUGGAACGCCUUCUUUGCGAACCCAGACGAGUGGUGGGACAAGAGGAGAAAUAAGAAAAACCCUAAGCAGCCUGACUUCAAGCACAAAGAUACAAAUGAAGCUUUCUGGCUUGGCUCAGAUACACCGGUUUGGGUCACUAGACAACUUGAAUUGUUCGACCAGAAAAGACCAGAUGGUAUAGAAGAAUCCAAGAACGAUAAGAUUCACAUGUGGGAAGCCUUCUUUGCGAACCCAGACGAGUGGUGGGACAAGAGGAGAAAUAAGAAGAACCCAAAGCAGCCUGACUUCACAAACAAAGAUACAGAUGAAGCUCUCUGGCUUGGCUCAGAUACACCAGUUUGGGUUAUUAGACAACUUGAACUGUUCGACCAAGGAAGAGCAGAUGGUAUAGAAGAAUCCAACAGUGCUGAGAUUUACUUGUGGCAAGUCUUCUUUGCGAAUCCACAGGAAUGGUGGGACAACAGGAGAGAUAAGCUCAACCCGAGAUGGCCUGACUUCAAGCACAAAGAUACAGGUGAAGCUCUCUGGCUUCACUCAGAUACACCGGUUUGGGUUAGUAGACAACUUGAAUUGCUCGACCAGAGAAACGCAAACAAGAGCUGCUAUGAUCAAAAACAAACACGUCGUGGCAAUCUUGCUGACUGGCUUUAGGACGAGAUGUUCUUGGCAUAUUGCUAAGUGUGUUUCAUCAGCUUAUGUUUAUUAUCUUAAGAGUUAGAGAAGUAACCAUCUUAAACCGUUUAUACAGAAAAGGCAGUGUCUAUUAGUAUUUUUUGCCAACACUA